UUUCCUGGGGUUCACAGCCGCGGACUUCAGCCAGCAAGUGCAGAAGCGCUGUUGCUGCCUCAGCUGCACCUGGGUUUUUCCCUGUCUUGCAGUUUGUAGCUUAGAAGAACGGUGUGCAAGCGACUCCAGCUCUUCCCACACCCAGGCCAGUGUGGCUCUCUCUCAGGGCUCUGUCAUAGUGAAAAGUGUGUAUGCUGGUGUCUUCUGGUGCAGUAGCUCCGAGAUGAAGCCACCUUGGAAAAUCCUUAUGGCCACUCCUCUGUUCUUUCUCCUGACCCUUCACACCUUGGCCUCUCCAGCCUAUGACCACCAGCCCAGCACCAGACGCUCCAAAGUCUGUAUAGGGUGUGUGCUGGUGGUGUCUGUGAUUGAACAGCUUGCUCAAGUUCACAACUCAACGGUCCAGACCUCAAUGGAGAGACUGUGCAGCUACUUGCCUGAAAAACUGUUCUUGAAGACCACCUGCUAUUUAGUGGUAGGCAUAUUUGGACCAGACAUCAUAAAACUGCUCAGAGCGGAUGUAAAUGCUGAUGUGGUGUGUCACACCCUGGAGUUUUGUAAACAGGACCCUGGCCAACCCUUGUGUCACCUCUAUCCCCUUCCCAAGGAGACGUGGAAAUUGACACUAGAGAAGGCAAGACAGAUUGUCAAGAAAUCCCCAACUCUGACAUAUUCCAGAAGUGGUUCUGAUAUUUGUUCGCUCCCAUUUUUGGCCAAGAUCUGUCAGAAGAUUAAAUUGGCUAUACAAAAUUCUUUACCAUUCAAAGAUGCAGAUUCAGACAAAUACAGUGUUUUCCCAACACUGCGGGGCUCUCACUGGCGAGGGAGAGACUGUAACGACAGCAACAAGAUGGCAUACCCAGGCAGAAGGCCAGACAACUGGGAUACACAUCAGGAUUCAAACUGUAAUGGCAUUUGGGGUGUUGAUCCAAAAGAUGGAAUUCCAUACGAGAAGAAAUUCUGUGAAGGUUCACAGCCCAGGGGAAUCAUUUUGCUGGGAGACUCAGCUGGGGCUCAUUUUCACAUCCCUCCCGAUUGGAUCACAGCUUCACAGAUGUCUUUGCAAUCCUUCUUCAAUUUACCAACAGCUCUUACCAAUGAGCUCGACUGGCCCCAACUCUCUGGCACUACUGGAUUUCUGGACUCCACUAGUGGAGUUAAAGAAAACUCUAUUUACCUUCGUUUACGGAAAAGAAACCACUGCAAUCACAGGGACUACCAGAACAUUUCAAGAAAUGGUGCAUCUUCCCAAAGCCUGGAGAGAUUUAUAGAAAGUUUGUCUAGGAACCAGCUGUUGGACCAACCAGCCAUUGUCAUAUACGCCAUGAUUGGAAAUGAUGUCUGCAAUGGGAAGAGUGAUCCCGUCCCAGGAAUGACCACUCCUGAAAAAUUGUACUCAAAGGUCAUGCAGACUCUGCAGUAUCUAGAUUCUCACCUGCCAAAUGGCAGCAAUGUUAUUUUAUACGGCUUACCAGAUGGAACCUUUCUCUGGGAUAAUUUGCACAGCAGAUAUCAUCCUCUCGGCCAGCUGAACAAGGACGUGACCUACGCGCAUCUCUACUCCUUCCUGAGCUGUCUCCAGGUCAGCCCCUGCCACGGCUGGAUGUCUUCCAAUAAAACGCUCCGGACUCUCACUUCAGAGAGAGCAGAACAACUCUCCAAUAUGCUGAAAAAAAUUGCAACCAGCCAGAAAUUUACGAACUUCAAUCUUUUCUACAUGGAUUUUGACUUCCAAGAAAUCACGGAGGAGUGGCAGAAGAGCGGAGGGCAGCCCUGGCAGCUCAUUGAACCCGUGGAUGGAUUCCACCCUAGUGAGGUGGCUUUACAGCUGUUGGCAGAUCGCUUCUGGAAGAAGGUGCAGCUCCAGUGGCCCCAGGUCCUGGGAAAGGAGAAUCCAUUCAACCUCCAGAUUGAGCAGGUGUUUGGAGACCAAGGGGGGCACUAAGUCCUCAGGGACACCUGCUCCUGGGGAGCUCAGGAAGGCAGAAACUUGGGUAAACUCAUUCAAGAAACGGUUAUGGGAGCGGCUGUGUCACAAGCUCACAGGCCCCUCUUCAGCAGCAUCUUUGCAAAGUGCUUUUCUC